UCUCUCUCUCUCUCCCUCCCUUACUCCUGCAUGCUUUUUCUCAUACGCUGCAUCGGUCAUGCUGCCUCCUCUCAAACUGUGGGCAGACAAACAUAGCACCAGGGAGAGCUAUUAGCAGCAGCAGAAGAUCACCCAGGAGCUCUAAGAUGUUUAUUUAUUUGAGUCUUCCUGUUGCUUAAAGUCCUGACCUCCUCACUAAGCAAUGAGAGUCAAUGUGGAUAGAAUGGCAAAUACUGUGAUCAGUUUGUCAACUUGUGAGACCCGUCUGUCUAAUGAUUAUUCUCCUGACUGGACUCCGUACUCACAGUUGUCCCUGCUUAACUGGAUAACCAACACACUGUAGGAAACAUGAACCCUGAGUCUCUGGACAGGUCCAUCCAGAACACCCUCUCAGUCCUCUACCCUCCCUUCGAGGCCACAGCCCCCACCGUCCUGAGCCAGCUCUUCCAGGUCAUAGAGGAACGUUACCAAGGAGACGCACUCAAGUGUCUGCUGGACUUCCUCAUUACAGCCAAACACAUCCUUGAGAGUGUUCAGCAGGCUGCCUGUGCCCAGUACUCUGAUGUGGUGUUCCGUUGUGAGGGCUGGCCUCUGUGUCUGCAUGAGAAGGUGGUGAUCCAGCUUGCCUCCAUCAACCCCCUAUUGCUGCGCCCAGGGGACUUCUACCUGCAGGUGGCACCCUUCUCUGAACAGUCCGCCCGCAUUGUGGUCCGGAGCCUGCUGGGGGAGAAGGAGGGACAGGGUCGGGAGGUAGAGGAGACACCCAUCCCUGAGACCUCCUACCCCUGCAUCUUCACUGAGGACUGGCUGGGGGAGCUCAACCAUGGCCGCCAUGGCACCCUUCUCAGCCACUGUAUCCUCUCCACAGACCAGGGCAUGGUGAAGGUGCCAUGGGCACAGGUGGCUCUACCUGAGUUUGUGGAUAAACCCAGAACUAUGGCCUUGUCAUCUCCUAACCCUGCUGCUACUCAACAGGAGAAAGUGGCAAGGCCAGGGCCCUCGUUGGCGCUGCCUCCCCCUGCCUCUGGGUACUCUGUGGAGACUAGGAUCUCUCCUGCUAAACAUGGCAUUGCGGUGUCGCUGUGUCUGGUGGACAGUAACUGCUCCAGGCUGGUUAAGGUGGAUCAGGAUAGGCCUGUGGCUAAGCCCAUCGGCUGGGUGUCUCCCAACACAUGGGACAGCCGCAGCAACAACACCUCUGAAGUUGAGGGGGAAUACAUAGACUUGGUGGAGUUCACUAAGCAGAAAGAAGCGUUGCUCCUCAGUGGGGCUCACAGUCACACACACCCCAGAGCACCCAUAUUUAGGCCUGUUACCCUCAACAGGCCUGGUGUUCCUCCGCCUCCAGCCCUGCCCCCGCCCCCGGCCUUGGCUCCAGCCCCCCCACCGGCCCCUCAGGGAACCGUUACACUGUGGCAGGACCGUCCGAUUCCCCGAAGACCCCCCCCUGCACCCCUUGUGAGGAGGAGAAUAGGCCAGGUGUCCAAAGCACAGGAGAUCAAGUGCCGGUACAGAGAGUCUUACCAUACAGCACUGCAGAACCCUGUUACCUUUGAGCAAGACAAUAGACUGAAUACACUGGCAGUUCUGGAGGAGGCUAGUCCAUGUGAGGGGAGGCUGGGACCAGAGGGUAAAGAAUUAUGUCCUGGUCCCUCCCAGCAGUGCUACUAUCCAGACCCAGGUCACCAUGACCAGACUCCCCCUGUUAGCACGGUUCCCUGUUGGAAGUCUGUAGAAAGUAACACUAUAUCCAGUGGCGUUUUGCAAGGCCUAUGUGCCACUAGGGAGUCUACAGAAAUGACUACCAAAUCCAGUGGAAUUUUACAAGGCCUGAAUGACACCAUAGAGGAUGAUGGGAGAUGUCCCUCCUCUCUGUCGACCACUAUUGUGGACAUAUCAGAGAAGUGUGAAGUUGUGAUACAAGGAAGAAAAAGUAGGAGGGACAUUGACUUCACUACAAAGAUGAUUCCCAGCUUACAUGUAGUGAAAUGUAAAAACGCCACAGCUUUUGGACUGGUUUCCCCAAAGAUGAACAGGCGGAGACUGCCCAACCAAGAUGUCUCCCAGGCUGGCCAACCCUCCAUACCCGUUACAAACGGACACCAGACCGCUCCACUUGAAAUUACCCAGCAGCCCCUGGGUCACUAUGCUGUGCCCAGUUCUAAGGUCCAGUUACCAGCCUCAGCAGAACCCAGCACUCACCAUCUCCAGAUGGGAGUCGCAUGCCUAACUGGUGGCAGAGACAGGACAGGUCGGUUGGUGGUUGAGGUGCAUGGAGACAAGGAAGGAUGGAGAUCUCCUUUAGUGUCUAGUCUGGAACUCAGCAAACUUCUGCUCUACCUCCACUCUGUAAUCAGGCGAGAACUAAGAGAACUUGGAAUGACACUAGUUAUUGAUGCUCGGAAGACUCCACCUCCACCACAGUUAAAUAAGGCCUUGUUGGUGGUUCAGGAGCAGAUUCCCCAUGCAAUACACAGUGUCUUGAUCCUAGGGGAGAAGGAGAGCUGCCAUCGCACAGAGAAAUGUCCUAGACUACAGAUUGCUGUGGUGACCUCACUGAAGGGGUUGCAUAAGCUGGUGGAGGGGAGCCAGCUGACCUCAGGCCUAGAGGGCACCCUUCCCUACAACCACAUUGACUGGCUGCAGCUCCAUCAGAAACUUCAUCCCUUUAUGUCAGAUCUCCAAGAGGCCUCAGGUUUGCUACUAACGGCCAUCAGGAAACUAGAGGAAGGCCGUAAGAUUGACACAGUGCAGGAUGUACAGAGGUGUAUUCUAGAACAGAGAACUCUGAUGAAGGAUGUUCUGGAGGACAGACGGUUGGUAGCUUUGCAAAGGGAGGGAGGAGCCAUGCUGGCCAGACUGAGAAGGGAGAGUGACCUCAGAUACUCUCACUGUGAGGAUUACAGUGAUGCAGUGGAUUCUGCGACCUGCAUGUACAACCAUGUAGAGGAGCAGGCCCAUGUGCUGGUGCACAGAUCCAACAUGUCCCUGGAGCACCUUGAACACCUGCUCCAACUCAGAGAAAUGGAGGGCCACUUCUCUAAGAUCAGGGAAUGGUUUGAUGCAGAAGGGGAACGGCGGUUGUUGGAGGCAGAAUCCGUGGAGGACUCUAGAGAAAGAGUGGAGCAGACUCUCCGUAGUUUCAGUGCAUUCCUCACUAAAGCCAAUGAGCAGAAGCACAAGGCUAUGGCCCUGGUGACGGAGGCAGAGAAGAUCCAGGGCCCAUCCCCAUACCCUGAGACUGAGGUGUUCAGGACCAUGGUCUGCACCUUCAAAUCUGGCCUGGCUGACUUCCUCUCCCGGGCAGAGAGGUGCUGUAGUGAGCUGGAGACUAUGGUCACUGUGUGCAACUUCUGUGAGCAGGCUACUGAGCUGGCCAAAGACUGCAGACAAUACCUGGACCAGGUUGUCAGACGCCCAGAGACGGAUGAUGUCUCUACACUCCAGAUGUACCAGGAGAGCUUUGUCCAGUUCUCCCCAGAUCUCUUCCAGGAGGUGAAGGCCCAGGCGUGUGCUUUGAGGGGCUCCAGGGGCAUGCGGGUGUGGAACGUAGCCUGGCUAAAGUGUCAGGAGGUCAGGCAGCAGCUAGAGGAGAGACUGCAGGAUGUGGAGAGGGCCUUCCGGAACACAGGCCCCUGGCAUGAACAACUUAGAGCUGAUGAGGGUGAGGCCUUGGUUCAUACAGUGACUCAUCAUGAUGGAGCUCUGGUACUGCCCAGACCUGGUCCACCACACUGGUACAAUCCCCCAUCAGGCUCUAUGAUGGGAAGGUAUCACGGGACCUUGGAGAGCAGGAACAACUCUGUGACCUGCUGUAAUAUAAACUUCAAGCCUGAGAAUAACAGACCUUGUAAACCAUCAAAGACCACCACCAUGCCGGCCUCUCCCCAUAUCAGAUCCAUUAGGAGAGCGGAGAGAGAGCCCAGUGGGAGAGAGGCCUGCCAAGGGAGGAGCAGAGAGGCCGCCACCCUUGCCGACUCUCACACUGUGGGCUGUGAGUGGUUCCCGUGGCAACGCGGGGGCCUGGGCCGGUCCAUGAGCGAGGACUCGUGUGCGACCGCCACGUCCAGUCAGUCUGAGACUCGCGUCCAGACACCUUCCUGCUCCCACGGACAACCUUCCUGUCGGCUCCUGCAGGCCGCUCAGAAGUUCCAGAUCUCACGGCAUGGCAGCUUCUGCUCAGAGGAAUCCUGUAGUGUCCGAGAGGGGGCAGAGAGGACCUCUUCAAGAAAUACUAGCCCAUCAGUGAGGAGGUGUGAGGGAACAACAUCAUUGGCAAGUUCAGAGGAGAAGGCUGGCAAUGUUAUGAAGCUGCAGCGAAUCAUGGCGGAGCUACUGUUAACAGAGAGGGAGUAUGUGCGCUCCCUGGGUUACAUCCUGACUCAUUACCUCCCCCUGCUGGAGAGGCCUGACGUGCCACAAGACCUGCGGGGCAAACGUGGAGUCAUCUUUGGGAACCUGGAGAAGCUGUAUGACUUCCACGGCCAUUUCUUCCUCAGAGAGCUGGAUGCCUGUCAGACAGAGCCUUUACAAGUGGCUCGCUGCUUCCUGAGACACAGAGACAGUUUAGGCCUCUAUGCUCUCUACAGCAAGAACAAGCCUCAAUCAGAUGCCUUAAUCCUUCACCAUCGCCCUGACAUCUUCAAGAGGAAGCAGCAGGAGCUGGGGGAUCACAUGGACCUGUCCUCCUACCUGCUGAAGCCCAUCCAGAGGAUCAGUAAGUACAGCCUGCUUCUGCAGGACAUGCUGGGGAUGUGUGGGCCUCAGAGAGACAGGGAAGAGCUCCAGGCUGCAGCCGACGUGGUCCGCUUCCAGAUGCGUCAUGGCAACGACCUCCUCACCAUGGACGCAAUCCAGGACUGUGACGUGAAUCUGAAGGAGCAGGGCCAGCUGAUUCGCCAGGAUGAGUUCAUCGUGUUCUUCAGAAAGAAGAAAUGCUCCCGCCGUAUUUUCCUCUUCCAGGAUCUCAUCCUCUUCAGCAAGACCAAGAAGACCAAUGUGGGCAAUGAUGUGUACAUCUACAAACAGUCUUUCAAGACAUCUGAUAUCGGGAUGACCCAUAACUCUGGAGAGAGUGGUUUCUGUUUUGAGAUCUGGUUCCGGAGGAGGAAGUUCCAGGACACGUACACUCUGAAGGCUGACAGGGCGGAGGUGAAAAGGGCCUGGACCAGAGACCUGGAGCAGAUCCUCUGGGAACAAGCUGCCUACAGCAGAGAGCUGAGGAUACAGGAGAGAGUGUUCAUGGGCACGGGGAGGAAACCUUUCAUGGAUAUACAGCCUAACGAGGCAGCCAUCUGUGACAGGGCCGCCAACUGUGUCCUGCUAGGAAGAGCUCCUGUGCCGUCUUUUCCACAAACAGAUCUUGAAUGUCUCCGGCCCAACUCCAUUGGUUCAGGCAGUGGUGCCUCUACCUCCUGCAGCAACUCAUCUUCCUCCUCUGGACGAGGUUCUUUACCUCCUGUAGGUUACCCUGGUAACCAGAUACAAGGUGGGGAAACCAAUCACAUUGUCUAUUCCUCCCCGGAGACUGUGACGGUGACUGAAGAUGACCUCAAUAACCAUCAGAAUCACCAGAAACAAAACCUUCAUCUUCUCAUGGACAGCAUGGAGUCGUCAGGUGAGAGUGGCAGUGUGUUCAGCAGCUCGGAGCGCAGCUGCCUCUCUGCCAUUGGUGGAGAGGUGGAGGACUCGUCAUCUGUCACGUCCCAGAGCUCCCAAUCCCGUGUCACCCAGAGAACAGCAGCACCCAAUCUCAGGAAGAACAGUUCUCCUGCUACGAUCAGGAAGAAGCCCUCCAUUGCUCCCAAACCACCAGUGCUGGCUGCUCCUCAGAGCCUGCAAAAGGGCAAAGAAAUGGUUGCUAUAGGAAAAUCAACAGAAGUUUAACCAGUGGAUUUAACGGAUGGUUCAUCCUGUGGAUCUCUGAGCAGUGAUGAUGGAGAGCAAUCAGGCUGACAGUCAAUUAAAAACUAUGAUAACAGACUGAAUGGACCACUAGUUGACAAGCACUGAAGAGAAAGUGACUUUUUGUCUUUGAAGAACUAAUGUAUCUGGAAUAUUCUAGCUGAAAUAUCAUGAAAAGGAACACAUGAUGGACUGUGGUCAGUUUUUAAAGUGCUUAUGGUGUCCAUUUAUCUAAUAACACUACUUAAGCAACCACUUCUUGAUCAGCUACUGCUUUAACUGAAUGGCUAUUGUUUUUCUGUCAUUGGUUCAUAGAACAGACUUUUUUGUCUUUGUAAUACUAGUAGUAUUUCAAAUGUUAACUUUUACAAGGGAUAUCUUUGAAAUGUACACAUCAUUCUCACAAUGUCAUGUUGAAUCUCUUGAUGACCUCAUAUUCCCAUGAAAUGUCAAAUAUGGGUUCAUAUUGUUUUCUUCAAAUUACACACAUUUAACACGGUUUAUAAUGUACCGGUACACAUGUCAAAUUCAAACAACUGACUAUAGAAACACUCGUUCCCAUCAGUAUUCUCUGCGGGCUCAGGACAACUUGUCAGUGGCACUCUGACAUGAUUUCCUGCCCAGAUUUAUAGAUCAAUUAGGGAUCAACUAUUGAUAUUUGAAUAUGGGGUGGCCAGUCCUGAUUAAUUUAAGGGGUUCAUCUGGCAUUCUCAACUCAUCAGAAACCAGUGUCUUCUGACUUCUCCAGUUCAGUUGUUCUAAUAGUCAACAUGUUAUUUUACAAUUUUCAUUACAAACCAUGUACAUUAUUGAGAUCUUUCUUUUCUGUGAAAACUGAAUGAGCAAUUUUGCUUAGGACUAGGUUCUAUAAGAACUGCGGUAAACAACAUCCGCAUAGCGGUUGUUUUGGCGAUGAGUUCAGAUUUUUGUGGCCCCCACUCCCAUCAAAGUUGCCCAUCCCUGUUCUAGGCUAUAAAUACCCCCAUCCAAAUGAACAUGAAAACAUGCAUUAGCCUGUCAUUACUUCUAUCAUCGAUAGAGCCUACACUUUCUAUCGCCGUUUUGAACACACGAGCAGCCACUCUCCAAUUUGUCAACUCACACGGCAGUUACGGCCAACGCGGGUUAACUCUUGAUCUGACUGAAUCACAGCCUAUCUUUUUAAUAUGUCAAUAGGGCUGUCUUGACCAUUCUUCCUGCCCUGACCUCGAGACUGUCUAAUGCCCUGUACUGUUUGGACUCUGACCUGGUUUAUGGACUCUCGCCUGUACCCGACCUGCCUUUUGCCUACCACUUGUGUUAUAAUAAAUAUCGGAGCUCAACCAUCUGCCUCCUGUGUCUGCAUAUGGGUCUCGCCUUGUGCCCUUAUACUUACAGUAGAUAAAAAUGUACUAUAGUUCUACACAAAAAAUGUCUGGUGUUUACUGGUGGAAACACUCCAAGGUUGACAGGUUGGUUGAUAGGUUGUUAAACAAUUGAUGACUUAUUUUGCAAUGAAAUACCAUCAGCAGAAAAUAAGCUUCACAUUUUGGAAGUUGUUGCUGAUGUCACGUGAUUAAUCCACUUCAAAUCAGUGUAGAUGAAGGGGAGGAGACAGGUUAAAGAAGGAUUUUAAUCCUUGAGCCAAUUGAAACAUGGAUUGUGUAUGUGUGCCGUUCAGAGGGUGAAUGGGGAAGACGAAAGAUUGAAGUGCCUUUGAACGAGGUAUGGUAGUAGGUGCCAGGCGCACCGGUUUGAGUGUGUCAAGAACUGCAACGCUGCUGGGUUUUUCAUGCUCAACAGUUCCCCGUGUGUAUCAAGAAUGGGGGGGUGCAACUCUAUAUUAGGAAGAUGUCCCUAAUGUACACUACUACUUAAGAAAAUGGUCUUCAUAAGAUUGUAAUGUUUUUUUAUUUGGCUUCUUUCACAGUCUUGGAUAUAGAACAAUGCAUUUUCGAGAGUAAAAUCAACAUGACUACUCACCACACCGAACAGAAUGGGUUUGACCGACUGAUAGUGAGAAGAGGCCUGCCAUUCACCAUCACUUUGCACCUAAAAUCUGGGAGUUAGUUCCAAGCAGGCGUCAGCACCUUCAGGUUCAUAGCAGAAACAAGUACAGUACUGUGGACACAAUAUAAAGACCUCAUUAGUCGGGGAAUCCUUGCUUGAACAUUCAGUAUUUAGACAGCAAGACUGUAGAUAUAUGAGUUUACAGGUAUGUACUUUUAGGUGUCUCCUUUCUGCAUACGGUCCACUGAUAUGUCCUGAACACAUCUGUCCUGUGUAUCUUUCUACAGGGCUGUUGCCGAGAGAGGAGUCAGGCACCAAGGCUACCUUCAGCCUGACUGACUCUGCCUCAAAGACAGGCUGGAGUGCAUUCGCUACUACUCCUUCUGGGAAUGUCAUCUCAGUGGCUGUGUCCUCCCCUCCUGAUGUCCCCAUUGGACUGUACUUCUUGACUUUGGACCAGGGCCAGAAAGUCAAACUGUGGGAGUUUGUACUGCUGUUCAAUCCAUGGUGUGCCAGUAAAUCUCAUUAUUUUUAA